CCGUUACGACGUGCGAAAUAUGAUCGUUGUUGUUGUUGUAGUUGUGCAUGUUUAGUUAGCCUAGCAUGUUUGGUUAGUAAGAUAACGUGAAAUAACGUCAGUUAUACAUCAAUGAAACCGUUGGACUCAGACGAGGAGGAACCGGAGCAGCUGGGUGCUUACCUGAAAGAACUGAGACAGCGAGCCAACCAGAAUAUCCAGCAGCUGAGCAGUGCUCUGGAGCAAGAGGUGGAGGAGGUCAGAGGCAGUGAUGGCAGCCUAUUCUCUGCCAUGGCAGAAGAGGACAAGGCAGUAUGGAGCCAAAAGACACAGAGCGAAGCAGUUAAUCAACUGAAGAGCCUUCUACUGAAGCAGUGCAGAGAAAUUCCUGCUCCUCUCUCUCCUUCAAAGACACAGUCUCCACCCAAGAGAGGCCAACAUGAAGGAAGGACCAGUUUGCCUGCCUUUCAGGAUUUGGUCCCAAUGAUUCACAACCAAUCAGAGUACAUUCAACACCUGGAGGCUGAGGUCAAUCUCUGCAAGGAAGAGCUGCAGGGGAUGAAACAGCGAAUCAGAGUGGUGGUUGUGGAGAAUGAGAAGCUGCAAUCUGAGCUGAAAUCCAAAGCUGUGGAUGAAUCUCUGAAAGAGUACACGAUCCGCAACUCCAUGGUUAAUGAGAGUAUGGCAGCCAACGGCCACAUAACCUCAAAUAUAGGCCACAGCGUGCUGCAGAGAGCAGAACACUCCACAUGGAAAAAUGAACUGGAACAAUUGAAAGUUAUCUACCAGGCCCAGGUUGAAAGCUUGGAGGCCCAGGUCAUCUCCCUAAGGAAGGAUCUGUCAGUCAGUCACAAGGAGUGUGAAGAUGUGAAGGUUCGUCUGAGACACAGGGAGAAGCAGGCUGUGGAUGCACUGAGGGCUGAUGGGGCUCCCCGUGUGGCAGGAUUGUGUCUAAAGUGUGCACAGCAUGAAGCUGUGUUGGCUGGGACUCACACAAAUCUGCAUGUCCAGGCUAUUGACAGGCUCACAAAAGAGCGUGAUGAGUUACUGGUGGCUCUGCGUGCUGUGAGGGCUAGUCAGCAGGAGGCGCAACAGAGGGAGUGGUCUGCCUGUCUCCAGGUCAAACAGGCCGUGGAGAUGGCGGAAGAAGCAAAUCUGCACAAAGCUAGGGUGGAGGUGCAGUGUGAGCAGUUGUCCAGGGAGCUGAUUCGACAGAGGGAACAGCUGGAACGAGAAGCACAGGCCUUGCAGGAGAGACUGGCAGAGGCCAGAGAAGAGGGCCGUGCUGAGGCCCGCAAACAGAAAGACGAGCUGGCACAUACAGUGUCCAGCCUCUCACAGCGUGUUGCUGAGUUGGAAGGGCAACUAGACAGAGCUCACAGAGACAAGACCUCCCUGACCAAUCAGCUGGAAGACACUCUUCGCAAACUCACCAAUCAGGAACAAGACAAUACCAAGGUGAGUGUGGAGCUCCGAUAUCAACUCAGCCAGGCCCAAUUGAAGAAAGAUGAGGCAGAGAGAGAGCUCCGAGAGCUCAACACUAAGACCAACAGACAGAUGGAAAAAGCUGCCCAGGAAGUGGAAAGGCUGAGCUCAGAGCUGGUUGGCUGUCGGCAGCAUCUGGAGGCGGUCCAAAAGGAUGGGAGCCAAUGGCAGGCCGAAGCCCUGAGCCUAGCAGAACAGCUGGCAAAUGCCCAGCGCCAACUGCACCUCACCAGACAGGAUAGAGAGAGCGCAGAACGGGCUCACGAGGAGGAAAUGACAUCUGCAACCCUCUCAGCACGGGAAAGGGAGAGAGAGCUGACUGUGUUGUUGGAGCAAACAGAGGCGCAACACCAGCAGAGAGUUGGAGAGCUGGAUGGUCUGCUGAGUUCCCAGAAUUCCCUGAUUAGGAAGCUGAAGGAGGAAUGCUGCAAACUGGCGGCCAAACUAGAAGAGCUGACAGAGAACAGCAGGAGUGAACUAGAGCAGGUGGCCCUGGAGAAGCAACACCUAGAGGAGACGGUGAAGAGUCUGAGAGCUCGCUGCUCUGACAUGGAGGAACAGUGUGUCCAGCAUGGUCGAAUGCACCAGCGCAUGAAGGACAGGCUCCCUUCCUGAACAUCUGAUGUCACAACAGACACGUGCAGCCAUUCCUGUAAGUACCAAACUACUGGAACCAGCCCCGUGGAACACCCAGCAGAUCAAUGCCCAGCUCCUCAACAAAAGACUCACCCUGAAACAUCACUAUAACAAGUCCAAGUCGUCCAAUCCAACGGGAGAACAUACAGGAGGAAUCACUGCCACAUCCUCCCUGUUGCAGAGCCGCCACCACCACAGCUCCAUGGACAUUAUGAACAUUUAAAAUAACGUGCUGAAAAAGAAAUGCUCUGUUCCAUCCCCAAGCCUGUCAGUAUAUGUUCAUAUUAUAGGUGUAAAUAAAAAAGAUAGACAUGUACGCUGUAUGUGUAAAAUUAAUAAUAUAAAAUAAGAUCCAGCUCCAACCACAUCAUUGAAUUCACUGACGACAUGUGGGUCUUGUCACGAAUGACAAUGAAGCACACUACAGAGGGGAAGUGGGGAAACUGGACAUGUGGUGCAGCAACAGCAACCUCUCCUUGAAUGUGGAGAAGACGAAGGAGAUGGUAGUUGACUUCAGGAAAAGUCGCAGUGUGCAUGCCUCGCUAACCAUCAACGGCACUGCUGUAGAAAAAGUGAGCAGUACUAAGUUUUUGGGGGUGCGCAUCACUGAUGACCUGACCUGGUCCAUCAACACCACAGCCCUCACCGAAAAACCCCAGCAAGGCCUCUACUUCCUUAGGAGACGCAGAUUUCCCCUCAUCCAUUGUAAACACUUUCUACAGUGGAACCAUCGAAAGUAUCCUGACACACGACAUCACCAUCACCAGGAACUGCACAGCUGCUGAGCAGAAGCUCCUGCAAAGAAUAGUGAGAGCGGCAGAGAAGAUCUGAGGUGUCUCUCUCCUCAGUGGUAAACAUCUACACAGACCGGUGUGUCAGGAAGGCCACCAACAUACUCUCCGACCCCUCCCACCACCUCUUUGCACUCUUGCCAUCUGGAAGGAGGCUCCAGAGCAUCCAUGCAUUAUCCACCAGACUGUGUAAUAGCUUUUUUCCACAAGCCAUCAGAACUAUGAAAUCCCUAAAAAUACUACCCCCAAUCCCUGCCUCCAAGUGUCCACUUGACUUGACUGUUUAUUAAGGACAUCUGUUUGCAUUGGCACCUUUUUAUGUUAAGCUGCUCUUACAAAAGCUUUUUAAUUAUGUCACACGUAUAUUGUGUCCUGUAUAUGAUGUGUCUUUUGUUGUUUUUAAAUGUGACAUGCAACCUGAUCUACGAAGUAUGAUACUGCACUUCCAUGUAUGCUGAAAUGCAAUGUGAGAAAUAAAUCUGAUUCUAAAAAGACAUUAAAAAAAAUCAUAUACAAACAUAUAGAAUGGGCAGGUAUUUAAUAUAUGUUAUAAACUUGUGUCUUCAUAUAUCCAGAGUAUGUGUCAUUUAAUAUGUCUUCUAUAUAUGGUUACAUCACUCUUGAUACAGGGACAUGUACGUCAUAUA